AUGGCUUCCACCGCAUCAGCUUCUUCUGCCUUCGGACAUACCCGAGCCGGGUUGACGACCAAAUGGCCAAUCGCAGCUGACCUCACCGGGUCAGGGCUUCCCUUCCGCUUCGAGGGCGAGGUCGCCGAUGUCAUAGUCUAUGGCGAGAUUCCAGCCGCCAUCGACGGUACCUUCUACCGGAUCUCGCUGGACCGUUUCGCGGCCAAACACCAGAGCAUCCCCAUCGACGGGGACGGUCUCGUCUCUGCCUUUCGGAUCCAGAAUGGCCACGUCGACUUCAAGAUAAAGUACGUUGGUACAGAGAGAUACCGCCUGGAGCGUCGUGCACGCAAGUCGCUUUUUGGCUUGUACAAGAACCCAUGGUCCCACCAUCCUUGCGUGCAAGCUGCCGUGGACUCGACAGGGAGCACAAACGUCAUCAGAUGGGCGAAGAAGCUCUUGGUGUUGGAAGAGGCGGGAAACCCGCACGAACUCGAUCCAGACACGCUCGAAACCUUGCAGUACGAUCCAUUCGUAGACCAAGUCAAGGCGAAAUCCUUUACCGCGCAUCCUAAAGUCGACCCCUUCACCCAGGAGCUCGUCGUGUUUGGAUAUGAGGCUAAGGGGCUGGCAACCAAGGACAUUGUCACGUACGCUCUUGAUAAGAACGGCCUGAAAACCGAGGAGCUUUGGAUUGAGGCACCGUGGGCCACCAUCACACACGAUUGCGCUAUUACCAAAAACUGGCUGGUUCUGAUGCUCUGGCCCUACGAAACCAGCCUUGAGCGGAUGAAGGCUGGGGGGCACCACUGGGCAUAUACGGCGGAUAGACCUGCUUGUUUCCUGGUGGUUCCCCGGCGAAAGGUACCACCAACUGGCUGGAAGGAUGGCGAGUAUCGGUUCUACAACUGGAACCAUUGCAUGAACAUCCACACUGCCGGGUCGUGGGAAGAUGAAGGCGGCCUGAUCCACAUCGAGGCCACGCGCGUACACGGAAAUGUCUUUCCCUUCUUUCCCCCCGCCGAUGGGAGCUCUGCGCAGGGUGAAGCCAAGGCAGACUUCGUUCGCUGGACCAUUGAUCCUCACCAACCCUCCGACACAUGGCUUCCUGACCCCAAGCUCAUCUUGGAGCUUCCAUCCGAAUUCCCCCGCAUCGACGAAAGGUUCAUGUCUGAGAAAUACAAAAUCGUCUUCCUCAAUGUUUUCAUCCCACAAAAGGCCGAUGGCUCCAUCAAUGUAUUUCAGGGACUCAACGGCCUGGCUAUGAUCAACACCGAGACUGGAGAGCAGGAAUUCUACUAUCCGGGGGAUAACUGCUUUGCACAGGAGCCGACUUUCAUUCCAAGGACCCCCGAUAGUCCUGAAGGAGAUGGGUGGAUCAUGUCGCUCAUCGAGGACCGUAACACUCAAACUUCUCAUUUGGUCUUCCUCGAUACUCGAGAAUUCAGUCAACCCAUCGCUCUCGCAGUUCUCCCGUUCCGAAUCAAGUCACAGGUCCAUGGAAACUGGGUCAACGCCCGCGAUAUAGGUUCCAGCAAGUCUCUCGUCAAUGAGCCGGAUGUCUGGCCCCUCUCCCACAAGGGUGCCCUACAGCCUCUAUAG